GAGCAACCACUUUUUCUGUUUCUCUCUCUAAAACCCUUUCUCUCUCUCUAUCUCUCAAGAUUAGCUUAAUUGAUGAAGCUUAAGUGGUUUUGCUGAGUUCAGCCCAUGGAUCUACCAUUCGCACCCCUCGGCACCAUUAAUUCCGCGUAGAGCGUAGAGGAGAUUGUCGUGAUUCGAUUUGGGAUCAAAGCGGCGCCGUUCUGGUCAGUGGCGUGGCGCGUGGGUAUAAAUAGGUGGAGAGAAGAUAGAGAAAGAGAGAUACAGAGAGAGAAAUGAAAAUCCCGUGUUGUUCGGUUUGCCAAACGCGUUACAACGAGGAGGAGAGAGUUCCUCUUCUGCUGCAAUGUGGCCACGGCUUCUGCAGAGAGUGUCUCUCUAGAAUGUUCGCACCCUCUUCGGACGCUACGCUGGCAUGUCCCAGGUGCCGACACGUGUCCACUGUGGGAAACUCCGUUCAGGCUCUGCGGAAGAACUACGCGGUGCUCGCGCUGCUCCACUCCGCCACCACCGUCGCCAACGGCGGCGUCGGGAGAGGAGGAGGUGGAGGGGCCAAUUUCGACUGCGACUACACCGAUGACGAGGAGGAGGACGGAGGCGGGGAGGAGGAUGAGGACGACGAGAAGCGUCGUCGGAACAGCCGCGAGUCGCAGGCGUCCAGCUCUGGCGGGUGCGAGCCGGUGAUCGAGGUCGGUGGCGGCGCGCACCAGGACCUGAAGUUGGUGCGGCGGAUUGGAGAGGGGAGGAGGGCGGGAGUGGAGAUGUGGAUGGCGGUGAUCAGCGGUGGAGUGGAAGGAGGACGGAGGUGCCGGCACAGCGUGGCAGUGAAGAAGGUGACGGUGGUGGAGGGGAUGGAUUUGGAUUGGGUUCAGGGUAAGUUAGAGGAUUUGCGUAGGGCUUCGAUGUGGUGUAGGAAUGUGUGCACUUUCCAUGGGACAAUGAGGGUGGAGGACAGUUUGUGCCUCGUGAUGGAUAAGUGCUAUGGAUCGGUUCAGUCCGAGAUGCAGCGCAAUGAGGGAAGGCUCACUUUAGAACAAGUCCUAAGAUACGGGGCUGACAUUGCCCGAGGGGUCGUUGAACUUCAUGCUGCAGGCGUUGUUUGCAUGAAUUUAAAACCAUCCAAUCUUCUUCUUGACGCAAAUGGUCAUGCCGUGGUUUCUGAUUAUGGACUUGCUACAAUUCUGAAGAAGCCUUCCUGUUGGAAGGCACGACCAGAGUGUGACUCUGUAAAGAUCCAUUCCUGUAUGGAAUGUAUAAUGCUCAGCCCACAUUAUACAGCACCAGAGGCUUGGGAACCUGUGAAGAAAUCGUUAAAUUUGUUUUGGGAUGAUGGAAUAGGUAUAUCUUCCGAAUCAGAUGCCUGGAGUUUUGGUUGUACAUUGGUGGAGAUGUGCACGGGUUCCAUUCCUUGGGCAGGUUUAAGUGCGGAGGAAAUCUAUCGAGCGGUUGUUAAAGCUAAGAAGCUGCCUCCACAGUAUGCUAGUGUGGUUGGAGGUGGAAUUCCGAGGGAAUUGUGGAAGAUGAUUGGAGAGUGCUUGCAAUUCAAGCCAUCUAAAAGGCCUACUUUUAGUGCUAUGCUGGCAAUAUUUCUCCGCCAUUUGCAGGAAAUACCACGCAGCCCUCCUGCAAGCCCUGAUAAUGGCUUAGAUAAUAAGGGUUCUGUAUCAACUGUGAUGGAGCCUUCACCUAUACCUGAAUUGGAAGUUCCUCAGGAAAACCCUAACCAUCUUCAUCGACUUGUAUCUGAAGGAGAUACUGCAGGUGUUAGAGAUCUUCUUGCAAAGGCUGUAUUAGAAAAUGGCAGCAACUACCUAACAUCGUUAUUGGAAGCUCAAAAUGCUCAUGGACAAACAGCUCUCCACUUAGCUUGUAGACGGGGCAGUGCAGAACUUGUCGAGACAAUUUUGGAGUAUAGAGAAGCAAAUGUUGAUGUAUUGGACAAAGAUGGAGAUCCUCCUCUUGUUUUUGCCUUAGCAGCUGGGUCCCUAGAAUGUGUUCGUAGCCUUGUCAAAAGAAAUGCUAAUGUGCAGUCAAGAUUGAGAGAUGGUUUUGGUCCAUCUGUAGCUCACGUUUGUGCCUAUCAUGGCCAGCCAGAUUGUAUGCGAGAAUUACUAUUAGCCGGAGCUGAUCCUAAUGCGGUGGAUGAUGAAGGUGAAUCUGUUCUGCAUAGAGCAAUUUCCAAGAAGUACACAGACUGUGCACUUGUAAUACUGGAGAAUGGAGGCUGUAAAUCAAUGUCCAUUGUGAAUUCAAAGAACCUGACACCACUGCACUUGUGUGUGGCAACAUGGAAUGUUGCUGUUGUGAAGAGAUGGGCGGAAGUUGCAACUUCUGAUGAGAUUGCUGAAGCAAUUGACAUACCAAGCCCUAUUGGCACUGCAUUGUGCAUGGCAGCUGCUUCUAAGAAAGACCAUGAGAAAGAGGGCAGAGAACUGGUGCAGAUACUGCUUGCAGCUGGAGCUGAUCCUUCUGCUCAAGAUUCACAAAAUGGGAGGACAGCAUUGCAUACGGCUGCUAUGACUAAUGAUGUCGACCUGGUUCAGGUUAUUCUGGCUGCUGGGGUUGAUGUGAACAUUCGCAAUGUGCACAACAGUAUUCCUCUUCACUUGGCCUUAGCUAGGGGUGCUAAGGCAUGUGUUGGACUGCUUCUAGCUGCUGGAGCAAAUUUUAAUUUGCAGGAUGACGACGGUGACAACGCUUUCCAUAUAGCAGCUGAGACAGCAAAAAUGGUUCGUGAAAAUCUGAACUGGCUUGUUAUUAUGCUAAUGCAUCCUGAUGCUGAUAUUGAAGUCAGAAACCACAGUGGCAAGACGCUACGUGACAUUUUGGAGGCUCUCCCCCGAGAAUGGUUAUCCGAAGAUCUGGUGGAAGCACUCUCAAAUAGGGGAGUUCAUUUGUCUCCUACAUCAUUUGAAGUGGGAGACUGGGUGAAAUUUAAAAAAUCUGUCACAACUCCAACACAUGGAUGGCAAGGUGCUAGUGCACAAAGUGUUGGUUUUGUGCAAAGUGUUCCAGACAAAGAUAAUCUCGUUGUUUCAUUUUGUUCUGGAGAGGUUCGUCUUCUGGCAAAUGAAGUUAUAAAAGUCAUUCCAUUGGACAGGGGACAACAUGUACAACUGAAAGAAGAUGUAAAAGAGCCUAGAUUUGGUUGGCGUGGGCAGUCACGUGACAGCAUUGGGACAGUAUUAUGUGUUGACGAAGAUGGAAUCCUCCGUGUUGGGUUUCCCGGAGCAUCUAGAGGAUGGAAAGCUGACCCAGCAGAGAUGGAACGUGUUGAAGAAUUCAAGGUUGGAGACUGGGUUCGCAUUCGUCCAACUCUUACAUCUGCAAAGCAUGGACUAGGAGCUGUGACUCCAGGAAGCAUUGGCAUCGUAUAUUGUAUACGACCAGACAGCAGUCUGUUAGUAGAACUGAGUUAUCUUCCAAAUCCAUGGCAUUGUGAGCCAGAGGAGGUUGAGCAUGUUGCUCCUUUUAGGAUAGGUGAUCGGGUAUGCGUGAAACGAUCUGUUGCAGAACCUAGAUAUGCUUGGGGUGGUGAGACACAUCAUAGUGUUGGAAGAAUAAGCGAGAUUGAGAAUGAUGGUCUCUUAAUUAUAGAAAUACCAAAUCGACCCAUACCAUGGCAAGCUGAUCCUGCGGAUAUGGAGAAGGUGGAAGAUUUCAAGGUUGGAGAUUGGGUAAGAGUGAAAGCUUCAGUGUCUUCUCCAAAAUAUGGAUGGGAAGAUAUUACAAGGAACAGCAUUGGUGUAAUUCAUGGCUUGGAGGAGGAUGGCGAUAUGGGUGUUGCUUUUUGCUUCAGAAGUAAGCCUUUUUCUUGCUCAGUCACUGACGUGGAGAAAGUUCCUCCAUUUGAGGUGGGACAAGAAAUUCAUGUGAUUGCAUCAGUUACUCAGCCUCGUCUUGGGUGGUCAAAUGAAUCACCAGCUACAGUUGGAAAAGUAGUGAGAAUAGACAUGGAUGGUGCUCUCAAUGUGAGGGUCACCGGUAGGCAGAGCUUGUGGAAAGUUUCUCCUGGAGAUGCAGAGCGGCUUCCAGGAUUUGAAGUUGGGGAUUGGGUUCGUUCAAAACCAAGCCUGGGAACCAGACCGAGCUAUGACUGGAAUAGUGUUGGGAGAGAAAGUUUAGCUGUUGUGCAUAGUGUACAGGAUUCUGGAUACUUGGAGUUGGCUUGCUGUUUUCGCAAAGGGAAGUGGAUCACUCAUUAUACGGAUGUUGAAAAGGUUCCUAGCUUUAAAGUUGGGCAGUAUGUUAGGUUCCGAACUGGUUUGGUUGAACCAAGGUGGGGCUGGAGAGGAGCUCGGCCCGAAUCUCAAGGGGUUAUAACCAGUAUUCAUGCUGAUGGAGAAGUCAGGAUCGCAUUUUUUGGUCUUCCAGAGCUGUGGAGAGGGGAUCCUUCAGACCUUGAGAUUGAACAAAUUUUUGAAGUGGGAGAGUGGGUGAGGUUGACAGAAAAUGCAAAUAAUUGGAAAUCAAUUGGACCAGGUAGUGUUGGUGUUGUUCAAGGAAUAGGGUAUGAAGGAGAUGAACUAGACAGAAGCAUUUUUGUGGGAUUUUGUGGGGAGCAAGAAAAGUGGGUUGGACCUACUUCACAUCUUGAAAGAUUUGACAAACUCUUUGUUGGACAGAAGGUUAGAGUGAAACAAUAUGUGAAGCAACCAAGAUUUGGAUGGUCAGGGCAUAGCCAUGCUAGUCUUGGGACCAUACAGGCUAUUGAUGCGGAUGGAAAGCUUCGAAUAUACACUCCAGCAGGAUCCAGAACAUGGAUGUUGGACCCAUCAGAAGUGGAGGUGGUAGAAGAGAAGGAGCUGUGUAUUGGUGACUGGGUGAGGGUUAAAGCUUCGGUUUCAACCCCAACACACCAUUGGGGGGAAGUGAGUCAUUCAAGCAUUGGAGUUGUGCAUCGAAUGGAAGAUGAAGAUCUUUGGGUGGCUUUCUGUUUCAUGGAGAGGCUAUGGCUUUGUAAGGGUUGGGAAAUGGAACGAGUUAGGCCGUUUAAAGUGGGUGACAAGGUAAGGAUCAGAGAUGGACUGGUGAACCCACGUUGGGGAUGGGGAAUGGAGACUCAUGCGAGCAAGGGAGAAGUUGUAGGGGUAGAUGCAAAUGGCAAACUAAGAAUAAAAUUCCGGUGGAGGGAAGGGAGGCCCUGGAUAGGAGAUCCUGCUGAUCUUGCCCUUGACGAAGACUGAUAAUGCUAUUUUAGGAAUAUGAAGGUUGUACCAUAACUCAAUAUUCUCAAUUAGCUCUUUAGCCUAUGUUUUUCUGGGCUGAGCUUGUGCAAAGUGGAAACUUUUAUGCGCUCUGCUACUUCUCAUCAAGGUUGGAAUGCCCUUUGGCCCCAUAUAAUGAAUGAUGUUAAUAAAUAGAGUGAAAGAAUUGAAGCUGUUGACCGGGUGGUGCGGAGAUAUAAAAGCUCAUUUACAUUCAUUACUCACAAGUUUGUAGUCCCAGAUUUUGAGGUGUAUAUCACAUCAUAUGUAUGUUUAUUGCAUAUUGUACAAAUUUGUACUCAACAGUCGACUUAAUGCAUUUUUUUGACUCACCA